CCUGCACAGAGAGAACACAGCACACAAACACAGCCUGCAUGCAGCCUGCACACAAACCACGGUGGAUAUGACAGAUGUACGCUCAACACGGUGAAUUGAAGGAUUUAAUGAAGAUAAUGACAACUUACAGGACAGCAAACAGAGCUAAACCACCAAGAAAGAACUCUGAAAACCAGACACUCAGCUGCCAGGCUGGGUGGACUCCUGCGGCAAGCUCCUCCCCAGCUUGCUGCUCGCUCCUUCGCGGGGACGCGCCCGAUUUUACCCGAUCAGUUUUUGGCAGAAGCACAACACCGGAAAUGACGCCACACGGCGUAGAGGAGCCGUCUUUUGUCGUGUGCUAGCAUCUUGAGCCAUCCAAGAUGACUACAGCUGCAAGACCAACGUUUGAGCCGGCGAGAGGAGGCAGGGGUAAAGGAGAGGGGGAUCUAAGUGCUCUUUCCAAACAGUAUUCCAGCCGAGAUCUUCCAGGUCAUACCAAGAUCAAGUACAGACAACCCACCCAGGAUGCACCAGAGGAGGUGCGUGCCCGUGACUUCCGCAGGGAGCUGGAGGAGAGGGAGCGUGUCACUGCACGUGACAAGACCAGAGAGAGAGGACCCAGAGAACACACCACAUCAUCCUCCUCUUCAUCGUCUUCAAAGAGACCCAGACUGGAUCAAAUCCCAGCAGCGAACCUUGAUGCUGAUGACCCUCUGACUGAUGAUGAUGAAGAUGAGGACUCUGAGGAAGACAGUGACGAUGAUGACACUGCAGCGCUUCUCGCUGAACUGGAGAAGAUCAAGAAGGAGCGAGCUGAGGAGCAAGAGCGCAAAGAACGGGAGCAGAAGGCCGAAGAGGAGAGGAUCCGAAUGGAAAAUAUCUUGAGUGGCAAUCCACUGAUAAAUUUGGCAGGUCAGCCGCAACAGAACCAACCUCAAACUACAUUUAGAGUCAAAAGGAGGUGGGAUGAUGAUGUUGUGUUUAAAAACUGUGCCAAAGGAGUGGAUGAGGCACGGAAGGAGAAACGCUUUGUCAACGAUACGCUGCGCUCAGAGUUUCACAAGAAGUUUAUGGAAAAAUAUGUAAAGUAAAAGACUUGCUGCGUGCUUUAUUUGAUUUUUUUAUUUUUAUUUUGGUCUCUACCCCCCCAAUGGUAGAUGGCAUUUCCUGCCAUUGAAAUUUAUUAGAAUUUGCAGAGUCAACAGGUGAAUCGCUGUAUAUAAAGGAGUUGGUGAGUUUCAUCCUUUGUUAAAAUCCUGUGAAAACAUUUUAAAAUGUGACUUAACAUUUCUGGUUUUUUUUUUAUUAUUUCAAUAAACAAUGACUUUGCUCACUGGAA